AGUCAAUCAUACAAAAUGAAAACACUUGACUGUAAACAUUGUGUAACUCUGUAUCACAUGACCGAUAACAGCGAGAGAUAACACAGAUUUACAGCCGAGUAGAAAGAGGAAGUCGAGAAGCAGUUGCUGAGCCAUAAGGAGCAACAGGUUGUGGUGACAGCUUUGUGGCUUUGCUCUCUUUGGGCGAAGCGGGUAGGACAGCAGGGAGAAGAGGCGAAAUCAGCUGGUUUCGUGCAGGAAUAUCUGAGUAUUUUGCGCCACCUUGUGAGCGAACCUCUUCCAAGCCAACAGCACAUCUGUCACAAAAUGGUGUAUUUAAUUUGCACUCUCCGACACCAUACAGAUGAGGUCACCUGCUGUGCCUUCUCUCCAUCCCUCCUGGCGACCUCCUCCGGUGAUAAAACGAUCCGUGUUUAUACCACGGCCGACUUCUCGGAGCUUCCCUUUUCUCCUCUUAGGGGUCACGGCUACGGGGUCCACUGCUGUUGCUUCAGCUCCUGCGGCAGCUUCCUGCUCAGCUGCUCCACAGACGGCUCUGUCAUCGUGUGGAGCGCCGAAACAGGUGAGGUGAAGACUACGCUCGAGCACCCCGGCCGCAGUCCUCUCCGAGUUUGCGCACUGGCGCCAGACUCCUCUCUCCUCCUGGCAGGAGCCUGCGAUGGCACCGCGGCCCUCUGGGACUUCCGCUCCAAAACGCUACGCAGAUGUGCCACCGUAAGCGAGGCCAGCGUCGUGGCUUGCUGCUUCUCUCCGUGUGCCCAGAUGUUUGUGACUGGCUGCACCCGUGGAGACCUCAAACUCUGGGAUGCUCACACCAGCCUUCUGCACGCUGAGAAGGACGCCCACGACCUGGGAGUCACCUGUUGCUGCUUUGCACCCCAGUUCAUAGUUAAUGGCUGCUGUGUGGAGUUUCGACUGGCCUCCUGCGGACAGGACAGCCAGCUGAAAAUAUGGAUUGUUUCCCAGCGUGAAGGAGCAGCCUGUACCAUGAAGCUGCUUCAGACUCUCACCAGCCAGACGGCCCCAGUUGUGUCUUGUGCCUUCUCCUCUGAUGGAGAAUUGGUUGUCUCAGGCUCCGUGGAUAAAAGUGUCGCAGUAUAUGAUGCGAGCCUGGGAACCGUGCUCCAAACUUUGAAACAACACGACAGGUAUGUAACCGCCAUUGCGCUAUCUCCCACCUUUCCCUGGAUUGCAACCGGCUCUAUGGACAGAUCGGUAAACGUGUGGAGAAUUGGAGAUGGGGAUGACAGCACUGCAGCUGAAUCAAAGGAGACACAGUGCCAAGGAAGGAAGUUGCCAGGUCACUCCGGGUUGCUGCUCACUGAUUGGUCAGAGGACGAUGUGCAGACUUGGCUGCGUGACGAGGGACUAGUGGAGCUCGUCGGUAUCUUUAAAGCCAACAACAUUGAUGGACCAGAGCUUAGCCAGCUGAACAAGGAAACAGCAGCUGAGCUUGGAAUUGAGUCGGUGGGCCUUCGUGGUCGUCUCCUGAGGAAAAUCGAGGCCCUGAAGGCAGAGCAGAAUGGUUCAGAAGCCCCAGAUGAAUUCCUGUGCCCAAUCACCAGAGAGCUGAUGAAGGAUCCAGUCAUUGCUGCAGAUGGCUAUUCCUAUGAGCGGGAAUCUAUUGAGAGCUGGAUCAGAGGCAAGAAUAAAACCAGCCCCAUGACAAACCUACCUCUGCAGACAACACUCCUCACCCCCAACAGGUCUCUGAAGAUGGCUAUAACGCGGUGGAAGUCGAACCAGGAGACAGCAGCUCAGAGUAGCUCAACAUCUGAUAACAAAAGCUGAUUGAAGUAAUUAUGAAUUUGUUCAGGGUGCCAUUCAAGAGUCACAUCUGGCGAAAUGAUCAGAAUCUGAGAUCCCAGAGAAGUUGACUGAUAUUUAUACGGUAAAUAACUAUUUUUUUAGCUAUAUUUUACAUAACUGUCAAAUAUACUUGUAUUUAAAGAGAGAAUCUCUAAAGCAACACUGUAACUGUGCAAUUUUAAUGUGCCUUUAAAAAAAUAAAGUG